UUGCACUGUCUGAAUCCGGUUUCACUGUGCUACCCGCCACCCAGGUUCAUCAUUCAUGACAUAAUUGACAUUCCAUUGAUUUCCGGGUAAUCGGGUCUCACCUUUCUCUGAAUUUAAGUGAAGGUCGCUAGCGCCGGGUAUUUUAGCAUCCUCCGACGAGUGAUUAUCACUUCCGGCAGGACAACGCACGGUAAACGCCAAAUAUAAUCAUAUAAAUAGAUCGGCAUGUGUCGGUUCCCGCUGAAAAAAUGAAAUAAGAUGAUUUAAUUACUCUCUCCAUGGCAUCUCGUUCAGGAGGCACUUCAAGAUUGUCUGCCAUGCUACUCGUCUCUGUAUUGCAGGUGCUGUUCCUUGUGGCUCUAGUUAGGGCAGAUAUAUCAGAUGCACCAGUAACUCAAAGGGAACUCAAAGGAUAUUGGCCCCUGCAUGAUUGUGAGCAAUGCGGCAACAGAAAGGUACAGGAUUACAAAAAAAUAUAUGCUUCAGCUGGUCAAGUUGACAACAAUCCAGAUGAAGAGGACAUUGAAAUAAUUGCAACAUAUAGUGAUGCUUCCGGCAACAUUCAAAUCAACUCUGUCAGAUCUAAAUACCUGUCUGCUUCCUGGGUGUGGGAGAACCCUACUGAUAAAAGGCACAAUGAUUUUAAUGUUGUGCAGGCAAGAGAAGAUUCAUUUCAACAUGUGAUGAGUGGAAUGGAUGAUAGAAGUGAGCUUUCUACUGAUGAACAUCAAUUCAAGGAUGGAGGUAUGCAGUAUCAACCAACCAUCACAAUGAACCCAAUAAAGCUCCAGCGACAGAAACUGCGACAGACAAGGAGGGAACUUCGAACUGCAGAACUCAUCCACCAGAACAAAGAGUCUGAAAAGCAAAUGCAAGCAGCAGCAAUUGAACAAUCCAAACAGCUCAACACUACAGUCAAGGGAAGGUACAGUAUAUGGAGGAGAGAAUACGAAAGUCCAAAUUCUGACUCCACCUUGAAGCUUAUGAGGGACCAGAUCAUAAUGGCAAAAGCAUAUGCAAGCAUUGCUUUGUCCAAGAAAGAUCAUGGUCUCUAUGAAUCCUUGAUGAAACACAUCAAAGACAAUCAACGUGCUAUUGGAGAAGCAAAUUCUGAUGCUGAGUUACAUCCGAGUGCACUUGAUCGAGCAAAAGAUAUGGGUCAUGUCUUAUCCACGGCAAAGGACCAGUUAUACAAUUGUGUUGUAGUAGCAAGGAAGUUAAGGGCCAUGCUUCAAUCAACUGAGGAGAGUAUCAAUGCACUGAAGAGGAAAAGUGCCUUCUUGAUCCAGCUAGCUGCAAAGAUUGUACCUAAACCAUUGCAUUGCCUCCCAUUGCAGCUCACAACAGACUAUUUCAUGCAGAAUCACAGAAAUAAAGGUGCAGUGGAGACCUGUAAAGAGAGCUUUCAUCGGUUUGACAAGUAUCUCAACUUCUCUAACCCAAAAAUAUCUGAGAAUUUUGAUCCAAAUGCUUGUGGGUGGGCAUUUGGAAUGAACAUCUUCGACUUGAAGGAGUGGAAGAAGCGAGAUAUUACUGGGAUAUACCACCAUUGGCAAGACAUGAAUGAGGACCGUACACUCUGGAAGCUUGGAACUCUGCCACCAGGACUGAUAACAUUCUACAACCUGACAUAUCCACUGGAUCGGAGUUGGCACGUAUUAGGACUUGGCUAUGACCCUGCACUUAACCAAACAGAGAUAGACAAUGCAGCUGUCGUUCAUUAUAAUGGGAACUACAAGCCAUGGCUGGAUCUGGCUGUGACCAAAUACAAGUCCUAUUGGUCCAGAUACGUUAUGUAUGAUAAUCCUUAUCUUCAACGGUGCAACAUUAAUGAAUAGUCAGCAUAUGUUUGACGUAUAUUUCUCAAUUCUACAUUGUCAUCUUUUUUUUUCCUCGUUACAUUCUAAAGUAUAAAUGGGUCUUUCAUUAC